AGAAAAUACUUCUCCGUCCUCUUCAGCCGUUCAAUCACUCUGACUGUCGUCUCCACUCUUCUAGUGAAAGCUAUGGCGGCGGCGGCGGCGAUUGCUUCGCCAGCUCCGAGUGCCUCCCUCUUAUCCUCUCGUUCCUCCCUUUCACUCUCCUGCUUCGGACAGAACUCCAAGUUCUCUUUGCGCGCCACUCCGGCGGCGCUUCCCGCGCUCAAGCAUUCCUCUGGUGGGAAGAAAUCCAGGAGAAAUGACGACUGGGUUCGUCGGAAUGCGAAGUCUUCCGCAGACCCAGAUGCUAGUUCCGACGAAUUCUCUUCCUUGGAAAGCAACGAGCCAGAUUCUAGCGGCGAAACCAGUUCAACGUCGUCCUCGUCAUCUUCACCAGCUGCGAGCAGCUUCCUUUCUGUCCUCUGCCCUCUUCUCAAGCUUUUCUCUAGCGGAGAUCCUUCUAAAGAUCGCAACUUCACAUUGGAGAUGUCUACCUCGUAUUUAUCGACCUUAGCACGACUUCCAUGGGGAUCGAAAUCUAUAGUAGCACCGAGUUGGGAGGAUCAAGAGAUUACUGGAGUUCCUCUCAAACCCUUGCAACUCUUUGAAUUUGAAUCAUGCCCGUUUUGCAGGAGGGUUCGAGAGGCCAUGACCGAGCUAGACCUUUCUGCUGAGGUGUAUCCCUGCCCAAAAGGGUCGAGAAGGCAUAGAGAAAUCGUCAGAAAACUUGGUGGCAAAGAACAGUUUCCUUUCCUGGUUGACCCAAACACUGACAUUUCAAUGUAUGAAAGUGGUGAUGUUGUGAAGUACUUGUUCCAGCAGUAUGGUCAAGGGAAAAGCCCUUCAAUGGGUCUUUUGGAGAGCACAUUGUUGACAGGAUGGGUACCAACGAUCCUUCGAGCAGGAAGAGGAAUGACUCUGUGGGAAAAGGCCAGAUCAGAGAUGCCAUCAAUGAAGCUGGAGUUCUUUUCCUACGAGAAUAAUCCGUAUGCAAGAAUUGUUCGUGAGGCGCUAUGUGAGUUGGAGAUUCCAUACAUCCUUCGCAAUGCGGGGUCCGGAUCUAGAAGCACGAAGUCCCUUCUUGAUGUAUAUGGAUCUCAAGAGGUGCCAUUUUUAGUUGAUCCAAACACGGGUGUUCGACUGGGGGAUUACAAGAAGAUGCUGGUUUACUUGUUUCAGACAUAUUCAGAACCAGCUACAGAGUCCUAGUGUGUGCUACAGCAAGGCAUCUCUCUUUUCCGGAUUCUUAAUACGAAAGGUCGUCUCUAUGGGAAAAAGUUGACUUCAGGAACGAUAUUCAGAUCCUAACUACCAAAAGCUACCCAGGAGAGGAAGCUUGAGAGUGUUAUCAGUAGUAGUGCAGGGUUUAGUUGCUGAGAGAGUGUAACAUUUUGGCAUUUGAAGCUCCAUCCAUGUACAAUAAUGAUACAAUUGACAAUUUAUGUUUGAUAGUGAAGAACUUGAAAGGGUAGAACAUCAAUUGUUCAUACUUAUAGUUCACAUAAAAAAAAUUGGAACUAUGGCCAAAAGAAUACAUCCUAUAGUACAAGUUUGCUUGCUUCUAGUUAGAACAAUAGGA